AUAUUGUUAUGCAUGAUACAUAGUUCUGUCAAAUACAUGUAUCAAACACAAUGUCCUCUUAAUAUAUAACCAAAACUCCACAAUCACUAUCAAGCUGUCAAUAUGCUGCUGUUAUAAACAUGGGCAGUGUAGAUCAUGUAAACAGUUUCACAACUAGAAGAGAGAUUACACCACAGACUUUUCAACAUUUAAUUAAAGUGUAUUUUAAUUUCAUAUUAAUUAUACAUCAUGACUUUGUGGUAUAUCGUGAAAAUGAAAACAUUGUAUAUGUCUUUAGUGGAGACGUACACCUCUUCAUUACGCUGCUGAUGGUGGUCACAGCGAUGUAGUAGCUCUACUCAUUCAGCACGGAGCUGAUCCCUGCAGUACAGACAGGCGUGGUGUACGUCCCAGCGAUCGCCAAAUAUGGACAAAACAUGGAUUAGCAACAGUUUUAAAGAAAUUCGAGAAUGGUCAAGUCCAGAACUUCAUCUUCAUCUUGUGUUUGGAACAUGUUGCUGCUACAAUGACUCUUGUUGAGGCUUACAUUAUUUUCAAUGAAGACAUGAGUAACGAUCCUACCAGUGAACUCCAGAACAAGAAGUUAGAUAGAUUAAACGCGUGGGCCAACACGAAUGGGGUUAAAACUAUCCAAGAGUUAAAAGUCAGAUUGUCGAAUGUUGGACGUCAUAAUUUAGCCGUGGCUGCUGCAAAUCACUACGCCAAGAUCGUCCAAGCGAUUAUGGAUAUGUCAGCCGAAUACUACGAAACAUUUUGUCAAGAUCCCAUGUCAAACAGACACAUGAUUACAUCUACAGUUUGUCCCACGGAGCAGAGAUGUGAAAUAAGUAUGGAGACAGAUUUGUACCAAUACGACGCAUAUUUAGCACACCACAGUGACGACGAGGAGGUAGUGGACAAGGUGAGGGGGGAGUUAAAGUCCAGUGGAGUCCGCUGUUCUGAAACAGCUCUUGCUGGAACAUCCAAAGUAAACUCUGAUAAUGAUCCAGUUAAGACAGCCAAGCGCACGGUGCCAUUUUUUUCCAAAAAUUCUCUGGAAAGUAAAUUGUUUAAGAUGACGUGUGACGUGGCACUUAUUGAGGCCGACGAAAGGAAAGAAGACGUGAUGAUUCCUGUCACCAUUGACGUCGAUCCAAAGUCUUUACCGCCUCCAUAUGGAACUCUCAAUUGUAUCCCUUACCAGAGCCAAGAUUUCAUCCCGAAAUUGGUCAACGCUAUUAAAGGACCAACAGAUGCGCCUCUCUACGGUGAACUUCGUGAUGAAAACGAAAACCUGAAACGGGAGAUUGCAGCAUUGCGACAGCAACUUGAAGAUUGUACAGCACUGAUCAGACGUCUGCAGGCAGAGUAGGAAGCUGCAGCUGCUCCUAGACAAUUUGUCUGUGAACCCCGAGGAAUGUGAACUAUGACUACUAUAAAUAUUUGAUUUUUUGCUAUUGAUGUACAAUUAUUUUCGAAAUCUCUCUCCAAAGUCUUCUCUUUCUGUUAAGUAUAACACACGAUUUAUUACAAAAAGUUGGUCAAAUUACAGAACCUGAAUUGAAAGAGAAGCCCAUUGUUUUUCGAUACGCACUUUAAAAUAGCCAGCAUAUCUUUUGAAUGGAAUAGUUAGUAAGGAUCAUUUCUUUCACGACAGCAUGCAUGUCGUUAUGUUAGGGCAUGUUUCAUAGGUAUUGACCUGCAGUGUAAAUGAUUCGUUAGAAGUAAGUACAGGGGUAACAAGCCACAUUUACUAUAAUAAUCCAUGUACCACAGCCAACCAAUAAGAUAUGGUGCAUAAAGAUACAAGCAGUAUAAUGUUAACUCUCAGUGGGGGUACCGUGAUGAGAACGUGCGCCAAUUACCAGUUGACGUUUUAGGAGAAGAAAGAUCCCCUUGAAAUGUACAUAGUGGACUUACUUUAUCAUAUGACCAUAUCAUAAUGGACUUAUUUUACCAUAAAGCAUUAUCUAUCCUGUUUGUUGUUUAUAUUAAUUACAGCAUAUUCACCGCACCCAAUGCACCACCAGCAUUCGGAUACCAGCAGUAAAAAGGCGACUGUCAGAGCGGAUACCGUGAGGACGUGAUAGCUAGUUAGCAUUGUAGGUGAAACAUACCCUCUUAUCACAGAAGCAUGGUCUCUUUAUUGUUGUUUUGACUACAGCAUAUUCCUUCAAAAUUAAGGACCACUAUCACCCAAGUCAGUUGGAAUAUAUUUUGAAUUAACUGUCAAAAAUAAUGAAUGAAGAUGUUAACAUAUGAACUUGUUAUAUCGCCGUAUUAUAUGCCAUAUACUGUACACCCUAAAUUAGUAUUAGUAAUGAAUCAUUAUUAUAUUGCAAUUUACUAAUCCAUAAGUUUAACAUUUAAAACUGUGAGUGACAAGUGUAAUCAGUAACAAGUUUGCCUUUUUUUGGCUGAUAUUACACAUUACAUAUUGAUUAUUGUGUUGCAUUUACUCUAGCAUUCCAUAUUACACGAGAGCCAGAUUGUAAAGUGAAAUAAUAUUCCAUAUUUUUCUUGUGCGGUAUGGAAAAUAGUAGUUUAUAGUGUGACCGACCAUGUGAAUUAAGAUCUCCUGAUCAUAUAAUUAAAUUUAUGGGGAAAGUUAUUGGUGUGAAUAUUUUUACGUUUUUACGUUUCAGAACCAGCAAUCAAAGAACGAUUUGCGUUGUGUUUUUAAGAUGCACUUUUGAGGUGUGCUCGACAUGUGAUAUAUUUGCAAAGUAAGCUUAAACAUGUAAAGAACAUUGUGUUAUCACUGUGGAGUCAGAAUAUAU